AUGACUUUCCUCGAGGGCAGUAUAGGAUGGGACGAUUGGACAAUCCUGCUCGCUUUCGUUCUACUGAUUCCGUCGAACACGCUGGUACAGCUUAUGACCCGUCAUGGUCUAGGCCAAGACGUCUGGAAUGUCUUGCCCGACGACAUUGACAAGAUUUUCUUCGUAGGUCAGCUCAGCAGAAUUUGCAGACCGUUCGCUGACGGGACACAGUAUUUCUACGUUGGCGAAUAUUUCUAUUUCGCCGUGAUUGUAGUCACCAAGGUCUCUAUCAUCCUCCUCUACCUUCGCAUCUUCCCAAGCAGCAUCUCGGCGCGGUUUCGAACCAUCAGCUACACCAUCAUCGGCCUACUAAUAGCCUACUGGCUGGCCAUCACACUUGCGUUGGCCCUACAGUGUAGGCCCGUACACACCGUUUGGCAAGCCUGGGAUGGUGAACACGAAGGGAAAUGCCUGAAUGUGGCAUAUAUCGUCUACAUCAGCACUGCAUUGAACAUCUCUUUCGAUCUGGUCGUCAUUCUGCUUCCGAUACCGAAGCUGGCUAAGCUACAAGUCCGCGAUACUAGGAAGAAAGUCGGUGUCAUCCUUACUUUCUUGAUCGGACUAUUUGUUACGGUCUGCAGUAUCAUCCGCCUCCUCUACCUGACGCAAUGGGGAAGCCUGUCCAACUUCACCUACCACUACAACGCCAUCGGCCUGUGGAGCGGCAUCGAAUGCGAUGUUGGGGUCUUUUGUGCCUGCAUGCCGACCGUCCUGGGUCCAGUAAUGUAUUUUUUCCGAGAGAGAGUUCCAUCAAUGGGCAGUCAUACACGUUCGAAGGAGGCCUCGAGGGCGGAGAGUAGGAUUCGAAGAUUGCCGAGUAGUGCUAGCGAGCACGAAGCAGGAGGACAACGGGAUCCCAAGGAUAGAUCGUGGCAGAAGGUGUACGAUCUGCGGUAUGAGCAGCGUAGUGCGGAUGUCGUGGAGAUGAUUGCGCAGGAUCCUCUAAGGACGUUGAGAACGACGGGGCCGUUGGAGAUGGCGAGGAGUAACCCCGGUGGCUAUCGGCAUGAGUAUGCUGAUCAGUGGCGUUGA